UCUCCUCUCCUGGCUUCUCAGCCGCUUCCCCUUUUGUUCCAUGCAAGGGAUGAGAGAGAGAGAGAGAGAGAGAGAGAGAGAGACCCUGCGAAGCCAGCCAGGGCGACAGGCGUACAGAGAGCUGGGAGAUCUCGCCUGGCCAGCCAGCCAGCCACCUCCUUGGAGAACCCCUUGCAGCAGCCACCCCUCACGGAAUCUGGAACCUGGGACGGACUGAAUGGAUGCUGGCAGGCAGGCGCCUUCAGCAUCCUCCCUGCUGCAUGCUGUCCAUUACCUCCCUAGGUUCCAUUUCUCCUUGUCACCCUGGGAUGCAACACUAGCUCCAGCCUAAGGGAGUGGCUGUCUCCGCUUCCCCGGAUCACUGCUGCUUCUCUGCUAGGGUGGGUCUGGUGGUGGGGCCUAUCGUCUCCUCCGUUGCAGGAUCUGCAUGCCAGGCAGGCACAAAUAAAAGAGGCCUCUGAAGAUGGACGAAGAGGCCCACCUCCUGGACGCCUGAUGCAGUGACCCCCAUUGACUCCUAGGAGGGCGAAAGGCAUCCUGUGGGUUCAGUCACAGACGGGGCCAUCAUGCUGAAGCCGAGCGGACUCAAAAUCCCCGGGAGGGCGGGCAAGCACUCCAGUCCCAUAGGACGUCCCAGUGGGGGAACGGCUGCUGCAGCAGUGACCACCACUGCUACGAAGGAAGGGUCACCUUCGCACAAACAGGGCCCCGCCUCGACAGGUGCCUCCGAGAAGCCGCCGGGGUCAAAGCUUGCCGAAGUCGGCGAUGACUUCCUCGGGGACUUCGUGGUGGGCGAACGCGUCUGGGUGAACGGAGUGAAGCCCGGCAUGAUCCAGUAUCUUGGAGAGACCCAGUUUGCCCCCGGGCAGUGGGCCGGAGUUGUGCUGGACGACCCAGUUGGGAAGAACGAUGGCUCGGUGGGCGGGGUGCGCUACUUCGAGUGCCAGCCGCUGCAGGGGAUUUUCACGCGGCCCUCCAAGCUCACCCGCCAGCCCACGGCGGAGGGCUCUGGGAGCGAUGCCCACUCCGUGGAGUCCCUGACAGCCCAGAACUUGUCUCUUCACUCCGGGACCUCCACGCCGCCUCUCUCCGCCCGCGUCAUCCCGCUGCGGGAGAGCGUCCUCAAUAGCGCCAUGAAGACGGGGAACGAAUCCGGGUCAAACCUCUCCGACAGUGGGUCGGUGAAGAAAGGGGAUAAAGACUUCCGUCUCGGAGACCGCGUCCUUGUUGGCGGAACAAAAACCGGCGUCGUGCGCUACAUGGGGGAGACAGAUUUUGCCAAAGGAGAGUGGUGCGGAGUCGAGUUGGAUGAACCCUUGGGGAAAAACGAUGGUGCUGUUGCUGGAACAAGGUAUUUUCAGUGUCCUCCCAAGUUUGGCCUCUUCGCUCCGAUACACAAGGUCAUCCGUAUCGGUUUCCCAUCCACCAGCCCAGCCAAAGCCAAGAAGAGCAAGAGGAUGGCGAUGGGGGUGUCUGCCCUGACCCACAGUCCCAGCAGUUCCUCCAUCAGCUCCGUCAGUUCUGUGGCCUCCUCCGUUGGCGGGAGACCCAGCCGGAGUGGCCUGCUGACGGAGACCUCCUCCCGCUAUGCCCGGAAGAUCUCCGGCACAACAGCCCUGCAGGAGGCUUUGAAGGAGAAGCAGCAGCACAUCGAGCAGCUGCUGGCGGAGCGCGACCUGGAGCGAGCCGAGGUUGCCAAGGCGACCAGCCGCAUCUGUGAGGUGGAGAAGGAAAUCGCUGUCCUGAAGGCACAACAUGAGCAGUACGUUACUGAAGCAGAAGGCAAUUUGCAACGAGUGCGGACCCUGAUAGACGGGACCCAGAAAGAGAAGUUGGAGCUGCUUAACCAGUUAGAAGAGGAGAAAAGGAAGGUAGAAGAUCUACAGUUCCGUGUAGAGGAGGAAUCCAUUACGAAGGGCGACUUAGAGACACAGACGCGGCUGGAGCAUGCCCGCAUACGGGAGCUCGAGCAAAGCCUCCUGUUUGAAAAGACGCAGGCAGAAAAGCUUCUCAAAGAGUUGGAGGACACCCGGUUGACCACAGUGGCUGAGAAGUCGAAAAUCCUCCAACUAGAGGAAGAACUGACCUUGAGGCGCAGCGAAGUGGAGGAGUUGAGGCAGUGCCUAAAGAACUCCCAUCAACCGGAAUCUCCAGACCACAGCCUAGGCUUGCAGACAGAAGCCCUCCGCUUACGUGAUCAGCUGCUCUCUGCCAACAAGGAGCACCACAAGGAGAGCAUCCAGCUGAAGGAGAAGUAUGAGAGGACCUGUAAGAAGCACCAGCAGGAGGUCGAGAAGAUGAAAACUCUCAAUGAGAAAUACUCCCAGGAAAUUGUUGACCUCAAGCAGAAGGUUCAGCAGGCCACCAACGAGAACAUGGGUUUAAUGGACAACUGGAAGUCCAAGUUGGAUACUUUGGCAUCCGACCAUCAGAAGUCACUGGAGGAUCUCAAAGCUACCUUGAACACAGGUCCAGACACCCAGCACAAGGAGAUUGUGGAGCUGAAAGCCGUGGUGGAGAGCAUCAAGAUGGAGCAUCAGUUGGAACUGGAGAACCUCAAAGCCAGGCAUGACAUUGAGACCGCAGUUCACAUUAAAGAGAAGGAGAGCCUCAAGCUGAAGGUACAAGAAGCCAAGGACCAAGUGGAAGAAGCCAACAACAACUGGAAGAUGCAGCUGGAAACCAAAACCAACCAGCAUCUCCUUGAGCUUCAGGACCUGAAGGAUAAGUGCCGUGAUGCAAACCUCCGAGUGCACGAGCUGGAGAAGCUCCACAGUGACUACAAGGACCAAGCGCAAGCCAUCGCCUUCUUGAAAGAGCAGAUUUCGCUGGCCGAGAAGAAGAUGUCAGACUACGAGACGCUGCAGAAAACGGAGGCCCAGAGCAAGCAAGAGAUCCAGCGGCUGCAAGAGAAAGUUCUUGUGUUGGAGAACAAAUUGCAGUCCACGGAGUCUCUCCAUCCUUCCCAGCAUGCCAAUAUGAUAGAAACCAACGACAUUUCAGAAGAAAAGAUCAAGAUGAAGCAGUCAAUGGAAGAUCUCCAGGACAAAUUGAGCAAAAAGGAUAAGGAAGUCUCGUCUCUUGUCUCCCAGGCGGACACACUAAGGGCCCAAGUAAGUGGGCUGGAAAAUCGAUGUAGAAGUACGGAGAGGAAGGCAGAUGCUCUGCUGAAGGAGAAGAAGAGGCUAGAAGCAGAACUGGAAACGGUGUCGCGGAAAACCCACGAUGCUUCUGGGCAACUGGUUCUGAUCAGUCAAGAAUUACUCAAAAAAGAAAGAAGCCUGAAUGAGCUGCGUGCCUUGUUAAUGGAGGCCAACCGACACUCGCCUGGGCCCGAGCGAGACUUGAGUCGUGAGGUACACAAAGCUGAAUGGCGGAUGAAGGAGCAGAAACUGAAAGACGACAUCAAAGGCCUGAGGGAAAAGCUAAUCAUUCUGGAUAAAGAGAAAGUCGGAACAGAUCAGAGGCGCUACUCUCUGAUAGAUCCGCCAUCCGAGUCGGAGGUCCUUCGGCUGCAGCACCGGCUCGUCAGCACCGAGGAUGUCCUGAGGAACGCGCUGGAGCAGGGCCAGCAGAUGGAGAAGCUCAUGGAAGCCAUGAGAACCUGUUCUGAAAAAACACAGACCAUUGGAAACUCCGGCUCUGCUAAUGGGAUCCAUCAACAGGAUAAAUCUCACAAACAGGAGGAGAAGCUCUGAUGAAGGUGAACAGGACUCAGUGACGUUGGGGUCUGCUCUUGAGAACGGCCAGGACCAGAGACGCCUCCCUGCACCCUUCCUCCCAGCUUUAAUGCCACCUAAAGGCAACUGACCAGUAUUUCUGCUCUACGAACACUACAGUGCCCAUAUAGCGGGUUUUCGCGGACAUAGACAGGACAGUCCUUCCCUAGCGCUUCACGGUUUUCCAACCUGGGCCUCGAUCCCGAAGAAACAGGACAGCCGUCAUGUCUUUGUGUUUUGAAUCUUUCCCUCCAGUAUUGCACCAUUCGAGGACUUUGGUGUUGGUACGAGUCAUCGCUACGCCAUCCUGCCUCGGCUGACGACGGUGUCUCGUCCCAGCGGCCUUUGGGGACGGCGAUCUCGUGGGAAUCCCUGAGAUGCUCUGAGUGGCUUACGGAUUGGUGUGUCGUGCUUCAUCCUUCCCCCGUGCAUCCUCCCAACAGAAGCUCCUCCUUCCCUGUCUGCACCCAGCGCUUCUCCAAAAAAGCCACGGUCCUGUUGACCGCCGGGGCCGAUGCACACUGAGUGGAUCUGAUUGUAUAAUGUGGGAUACAAUUCCCCCGCCCUGGUUCUCUAACUUAUUUUAACUUAACUUCGUAACUGUUGAGUCCUUGGUGGUUUGGAGUUGACAGAACCGUGGUGGACUUUUGCGGAUGCCCAUACCCCUUCGCCCGGGGCCUCUUGUUUAUCCGGAGCUCUCUUUACUUUGACUCAUCUAUGCCAAGGUCUGUAACAGAAACAGGGGUUGACAUUUGGUUGUGCUGAAGCUACGUACGUACCCAGCCAAACUCUGUGUGUGGCAUUAAAACAACCUGCAUUCUGGGUCAAGGAUUAGAACAGUUUUGGGCAGCUGCUGGUCUAACGAUGUAGGUUCCAUCACAUCAUGGCCAGUGCUUUGGACGGCCACAAACGACAGGGCUGAAUUUUGGAAAUGGGAGAAGAGCCUGUGGGCUGAUUAAGAGCCAAGACCCACACUCAGGCUUGGUUUGUGAUUCGUUCACCGUCCCCAUAAUUUCCACACACCGCAACACUUCCCUUCCAACCAGUGGCAGAAAAAGCUCAUAUUGGAGCCAGCCCCUGAGUCGUAUUGGACCAGUGGCUGCUGUUCCCCCUUUUCAAUAUCCAAUUUUGGUUUUCUGGGCACACCACCGGCCACUGAAUGGGUUUCUUCUUCUCCGUUUUGAUCCAUAUCCUUGUUCUAGAUUAUUGGCUGUAAUGCGAUCAAAUGGCUUUUGCAGGACUAACCUCCCCUAAACUCUGGAUUUCCACACAACCACUUCAUGGCCACGAUCCUACUUCAAUACUCUUGAUGUGGAGAGAAGUCUGAGAGAUCGUUUCUUCCUAGCUGGUGUUGAUCUGGGAUUGUACCAAUGAUAAAAGCUUUACCAAUGACCUCUAGUAUUGGGUGGGGUGGGGGAACCCAUCACCACCACCACCCUGACUUUGUUUACUUCUCCUGAAAUUUGCCAGCCAUUUUGGCACAGCGGCCAAUAAUCAGAGUGUUGGGCAACUUGCAAGGAGUCAGCUGGAAAACACAGCAAAGCUGUGAAGCAGUAACAAGGGGUGAAUGGAUAGCUGACGUAGGUUUCUUGGGAAAUUAUGAAGGUGAUGGCCAUCGGACGUUCUCUUGGCUUUGUCCCAGGGUAGACAAGAACCUGACUGAGAUGGCAGGAACAGGGAAGCAAGUGGGGAAUAAUUUGGAUUUUUGAAUCUCAGGCAAUAGUGACGUGCCAGGUCUCUGUUUGGUCCCUCCAUUUUGACGGACUGCAUCAAUUUUAAGGAUGGACAGAAGCAACCUGCCCACCACUGGUACUCCUCUGCCGUCUUGGUCUGCAAUGAUAGAAAUUAAUCACUAUGCUUUUCAACAGAUUUAGCUAUACGGUCUCCUGAUAUUUGGGAAGUCAAAGGUGACUACCACCUCCACGAAAUGCUGAAAAUCCAGGCCACCUCUGGUCUUCUAAACAGUGGGUUCUAACCCCCUGGUAACCUUCGGUUUUUCCUUAUUCCUUUUGAGAGAGGAGUUGUCUACCAUGCCUUCUCCAUCAAUGCACGCAUAUUGCUAUCGGAAUUUUUCUACUGUAAGGAUUAAGAGCAGAUGGAUAGGCUAGUGUUGUUUUGUAGCCUUCCCAGGGGAUCAGAGCAGGAUGGAUUUUCAUUCAGAAGCAGUGGUGCCCUUUCUGAUCAUGUUUUCAUGAACAUGUCCUCUUCGCCAGCCGGGAAAGGCGGGGCCUCAAUAAAGUUGGUUGGUGCGUCAAACCUAGAAACGGGAUUUAAAUGUUUUCCAGCUGUUGUUUCCGGAGGAAGGCUUAGGGAUCACCUGCAGAAAAGAACAACAAUUUGGUGGUGGUUGGGACCACCCAAUAUCUAGGAGACCAAGCCGCCAUCUUGGUGGGGAUCAAGAGUGUUACGGACAGUUGCCUGCAUGGUGAGAGGUUUAGGUGUCUCCUCUAAGUUGAGGCGCCAUGGUACAACAUAGAAGGCCCAAACUCAUUUGGCUGUCGGUGGCAAAACCAUUUCUCCCACAUCGUCCCAUAUCCCCAGCAAAUAUGCAUGUUGGUUUCACAUGAUAAUGCGAUCAAGGUAACACCAACACAACAGUCGACAGGAAGAAUCCAUUGCUCCAUUGUUAACAGCUGCUUUCUAGCAGUUCCGCACUUAACCUCGUAUGGAUCUAUUAAUCUACUAAAGAUCAAGCCAGUCCAUGGUUUAGGACUCCUGUACAGGACCAGAAUCAAGCCAAUACUAGGUGUAAAAUAAGUUUAAAGAAAGGAUAACCUUUUAUCCAUGUGGUAUGUAUUUAAAUUUUGUAGUUUAGUCACUUUUGGGGCUACCAAAUUUUGUUAGAUAAAGAAUUGGUUUGACAGCUAAUGUCUAUUUUGUUAUUGCCUUAACUAACCUUCCUUUCUUUCUUUCUUUCUUUCUUUCUUUCUUUCUUUCUUUCUUUCUUUCUUUCUUUUCCUCCGUACAAAAGAUUUACAGAUGGGCGUCUACUAUGUGUAACUACUUCUAUAGAUUAUGUAUCCAUGUAUCAUAGGCCCCGAGGCUGGCUUGCUAAAGUGUGAUGCGCUCAUACUAAACCAAUAAACUUGUGACAGAAGAGA